AUGCAUCACAAGAAAAACAAGUCUUCCAAGACUUACCACUUGAAGGAGAAGCCACAAAAUGAAACGCACACAGCUGAAAAUAAACACACAGACAUAAUCAUACAAAGCUUUCCCUCUAUUUUGUUUUCUUUUAUGCUUGUAAAGUAGAGGACAAUUAUGAAACACAUUCUGAGGCAAAUGUACUACAAUUUGUGGCAAUUUCAACAAGGCAUAUGGUCACAUCCAGUCCUAUACUUUAGUAUUGUAGAACAUCAGAAAUAAAGCCCAUUUUCUUGUAAACAAGACUGCAUACACACUAUACAUUUAAAGUUUCCCCAAAGUAUCCUGGGAACUGUAGUUUAUUAAGGGUGCUGGGAAUUGUAACUCUUCAAGGAGAAAACUAUACUACCCAGGAUUCUUUAGAGGAAGCCAUGUGCUUCAAAUGUACAAAGCUCAAGUUACAUUUUUGUCUUCUUUUUGAAUGCAUACAACCUUGCUGGUCAAUGAUAUCAUUACGACUAUGUCUCAGAAUCUCCAGUCCAUUAACAAUUUUGUUGUGUGUUUGUUUGUUUUAUGUUUUUGCUGCAUUCUUGGGUGAUUUGUCAUUCUUGCACAUACAGAGAGCUAGUCUUCUAAAAAAAUAUGAUUACAAAUUUAAUUUCUUUAUGUUUCUUCCCUAAGAUGAUUAUGGUGGUGAUAUACUAAUAAAGGAACUAGGUAACUAAGGAAGUUUAAACAAUUUUUUCAUUAUGGAUCCAAUAAGUUCAUGUUUGAGAUGAUUAAGAAUGCCUGGGGAACUUUUCUCUAGUUGCACUGUUUCCUUUAGCUUAUUCACAGCUACAGAAAAGAAAAAAGAAAAAGGGAUCAGUCCAAACCCUGGUCUGCACACAAGUGCCCCCCUGUCCUUCUUUAGUUUCCCUAAAUAAUGUAAGCCUAUAGCCCAGGAUAAAAGGGACGCGGGUGGCACUGUGGGUUAAACCACAGAGCCUAGGACUUGCCGAUCAGAAGGUCGGCGGUUCGAAUCCCUGCGACGGGGUGAGUUCCCGUUGCUCGGUCCCAGCUCCUGUCAACCUAGCAGUUCGAAAGCACACCACAGUGCAAGUAGAUAAAUACGUACCGCCCUGGCGGGAAGGUAAACGGUGUUUCCAUGCACUGCUCUGGUUCACCAUGCUGGCCACAUGACCCAGAAGCUGUACGCCAACUCCCUCAGCCAAUAAAGUGAGAUGAGCGCCGCAACCCCAGAGUCGUCCGCAACUGGACCUAACGGUCAGGGGUCCUUUUACCUUUAUGGCCCAGGGUAUAAGCAAAAGCAAUAAAUUUAAUGAAAAAGGAAAUUCCACAGAACAGAUUUAGCUGUUGUGGAGGAGAACAGCCAAUCUUUGUCUCAAGAGGCAACAGCAGCCCCAGCCCCCAAGAAAGGAGCACAUGGCUUCAGGCCAGGAGCUCUUGGGUGGACAAACAUUCUCACGAGUAGCUGGGUUUCUCCCUCCUGUUUAAAAGUGUGUCGUGUACUCAGGGUCAAUUAUUGGACUGCUCCUGUGCAGUCUCAGAUCUUUGUUUCACAUCCUGGUCUCUGGCCUUGCCCCCAAACUUAUCUGAAGGAUUCUUCAAGCACCUAUCCUGAGCUGAAUUUGUUAAGGAUAAUGGUUUAAUUCCCUGAAUUGGAAAUGUUUGCUUAUGUUGAAUUGCUGGGGGGGUUCCUAUGGCAAUAGUUCUCAUGUGAUUGGCUGACUGUGAGUCACAUGAGAGAAGCAUUCCAUUCAAUUGUGACUGUUAUUCAAGUAACUGUCAUUUUAACUCUCUUUUUCUGCUUCUCUCUCUCUCUCUCUCUCUCUCUCUCUCUCUGUGUGUGUGUGUAUGUAUGUGUGUGUGUGUGUGUGUGUGAGAGAGAGAGAGAGAGAGAGAGAGAGGAGAAUAGCUGCUGACAGAGACAUCUCAGGAUACUGCUGAGGACAGUGUGUGUUAGUGUGCGAUCUGUCUGAAGUGAUCCCUAAACAUUUAUAGGGAGAAGCCUGAGCAUGAGAUUGUAAGUAUAUUCUUCUAAGUUAUAUGUUUGUGAAAGUAAAGGUUUUAAUAUAGUUAGAUGAUAGAUAGAUAGAUAGAUAGAUAGAUAGUCUGGACAUUGCAUAUCAUCAAUACACACACACACCAGAACUGACCCUUGCUAGAUUCUGAACUAAUCCCUUUUCUUCUUUGGAGUUUGCAUGGUCAAUCUGCUAAUGGGUUACCUUCUUUACUUAUAAGAAAGUGCACCUGUUGCUGUUCUUGGGUGGGGACCAGGACAUCCUGAAAGGUUGAUUUAUUUGGGGUGCUACAACUGAGAAGAUGCUCUGCUUUGAAGCCAUCUACAACAUCUCUCUUGCCAAUAGCAUAUGAACCAUGACCCUAAAGAUCUUAAGAUUCAGGUAGGUAUCUACAGGUAGGUGGAGAUAUUUCAAGUAACAUGGUCCCAAGCUGUUAUCAAGUUAGGAUAUUAUCAUCUGUGUUUGGAUGUGCGACAGCUGAAAUAGCUAAAAUCACAAUUGGGCAAGUGGUUGCCAAGGAAAAACCCUUUUUCUUGGUGGUGAAAUAAUUACUGUACAGGGCAGCUUCCUUGGUCAAUAUGUAGUCUGAGGCUUAGACCUGUUAUUCACCCAGGCAUUCACCUGAUUUUGGAUGCUGUUCUAUUUCAUUACUAUUCUUCCCUUCUGCUUUUUGGUCUGUUUUACUUGUAUAGCUGAUUUGUUCUUGAUGUUUUGCCGAUAUUUGUCCUAGCCACUCUGAGAAGUUUGUGAUUUAAAAGAAUUUUUUUACAUAAGCAAGUGGUGGAAACACCCCGUAACCAUUUCAAAAAUAAAAUUCCAAGAUGUUCUUACAAUAAACAUUUCUUAAAUUAUUAAACUUAAUAAACAUAAGGCACCAAGAUUUGGCUUGAAACCGAAGAUUUAUUUUAGCUGAUGGAUUUGACUGUUGGACAGGGUGUUCGUAGGGAAAUGUCUGUAUGAAACAAGUCCAUGUGGUGUAUAAACUAAAAUGAACAUUUUAAAAGUAAUUGCAAACCCUUCUGUAGCAGACUGUUUUCUGAAAUUUUUAUUACUCAUGGCUAAAACUAUUGUAUCAAUAAGUGAGCAGCUGUCUGAGAUCUGUCUGGGAUUCAGUGUCUCUAGUUCGCUAUAAAUAUUCCAAGCAGCCUCUCUAAAAUGUCAACUUUCUUAUCCUACAUAUGGCUCCUUCAAAAGAUCUAGGAGAGGAGACAAGCAAUAUGCUUCCAGUUUCCUGUUCUCAUUAACAAACUUUUCAAGCUGCCCCAUGACACUGCCAGAAGCAAUGUAGGCAUUAAUUAAUAUCUGUGUACACUGCCUUGGUUCAUUCAAGCUCGGUUUGCAAUUGAGCAAGGACUGGUUUCAGAUUUUCUCUGGCUUGCCGAUUGGGUAUUGACCAAUACACAAGCGAAGUGGAGAGUGUCUGGGGAUGGAGGUCAAGGGUGAUGGUACUGUAGAUCAGCAGGCCAUCACAACCCAAAUUAGCCAGAGGCAACACAGCUCUUUUUCACAGAGGAUGCUGAGAGAGAGAUCCAGGAAUAAGUCCAGGAUAAUCUGUAACUAGAGGUCUCCUGUCAACAGUUAUAAAUGUUUGAUGGACAAAGAUCACAUAGAUAUGGAAUUUAAGACUAAACAGGAUAUAUCUGAUUAUGCAGAUAAUGGAAUGGUUUUUUUUUAAUGGUAUACAUAAAUAUGCAUUAGAUACUGUGACUUGGGAAAAUCAUUAUAAACUGCUACUAUUAAACAGAUGGUGUUAUACUUCCACCAGAUUACAAAAGACAUUUGUUAAUCUAAAUAAUUCUUGUUGUUAAGACAAAGUAAAAGGUCUCUCUCUCUCUCUCUCUCUCUCUCUCUCUCUCUCUCUCUCUCUGCAUAUUGUGAGUUUUGAGUCUUCACUUUCUACUUGGAAGACCACAAUUACUGUGAUUGAACUGGUAUUACUUAGGACUCUGAAUGAUCCUGACUGGUAGCCAGCAUUGUUGGAGUACAAUUUAACAGUUAUUUCUUUUUCUUGGUUCAGAUCGCUAGCCCUUUGGUAUUAAAUAACCCAAAUGCAGAUUGCUUUGAAUAAAUUGACAGGUUUACACAAUCGGAAGCAAAGAAAGCAAGCCUUCCUUUAGGUUACCUGUGGAAUAACUCCGCUCAAAUACUUCCCAAAUGUAGCAUUAUCUUUCUGCACAAGAAUAACCCAGUAAUCUGGAAAUCACUCCCUCCUUGGCCCUCUUAAUCGCAGUUUGACACCAUACGCAGAUAGGUCACACGGUCUCUUGGUAGGUUCUGACCACAAUUUAUGAAACACCGAGUUGCAAUUUCCCUCUGUUAUUCCCUCCACCACCUUCUGCAGCACAAAGAAAGCAAAAAAGAUUCAGGUGCAGGUAAAAGAAAAUCUAACUGUACACUGGGACCUCACCCCUGCAGAGAUGCUUCAAGAAUUCAAACCUUCUUUGGGCAUUUAAAGUGAACACCUGAAGAUGGCAUCUGGUUCAUGUGUCCAAGCUGCACCCAUCGUCCCCAUCUUCACAGGCAACCUUCACAACUGGAGAGUGAAAGGGGCUUCCAACUGUGUUCAGUUGAAUCUGUUUAGAUGGCCCUGCAUGGCCAGGAAACCUGAGUUAGCUCAUGGAGCGCAUUCAUUCAAGCACACUUGAAACCCACUUCAGAUUUUACCUCUCCACACCAGUCAUGGGGUCAAGGAGACUGGAGGGUGGUGCAUGCCCCAUGGCCCCUUUACGUUUAUUCAUGUGAUGCUUUGUGAAUUCCUAUACGGAAUUAGUCAAUUCACACUUCUCAGACUAAACUGUCCACUUAGCUGUUUUGGUGGAUUUUGCACUUCUCAAAAUAUUGUGAUGCAGAGCUCAGCUGUUUAAAUGUUUUUAAACACACCCACCCACUUAAAUACAGAUUUUUUUUUGUGUGGGGUGACCAUUUAAGCAUGUAUUUUGAAUAAAUGUUUGAGAACUGAUUUAAAAAAAAAACACAGAGACUGAUUCAUGCAGAAAGGGGAUGGAAUUACAAUCAAGAGAGCCAGUGUGGUGUAGUGGUUAAGAGCGGUAGUCACGUAAUCUGGGGAACCGGGUUCGCGUCUCCACUCCUCCACAUGCAGCUGCUGGGUGACCUUGCGCCAGUCACACCUCUUUGAAGUCUCUCAGCCCCAUUCAUCUCACAGAGUGUUUGUUGUGGGGGGGGGAAGGGAAAGGAGAAUGUUAGCCACUUUGAGACUCCUUAAAGGGAGUGAAAGGCGGGAUAUCAAAUCCAAACUCUUCUUCUUCUUCUUCUUCAUACCUUGAAUCCUGAACACCUUGAUACGCAGACGUUUUGGCUCCCGAACACCACAAAACCGAAGUGAGUGUUCUGGUUUGUGAACCUUCUUUGGAACCCAAAUGUCUGAUGAGGCUUCCGUGGCUUCCAAUUGGCUGCAGGACCUUCCUGCAGCCUAUCGGAAGCGACGCUUUGGUUUCUGAAUGUUUUGGAAGGUGAACGGAUUCCGUUCGACUUCCAGGGUAUGACUGUACUGGUCUGGAGAUGUGAAAGUGGCCAGGCCAGAAAUAGAGAUUCGCCCCUCCAUUUGCUUAUAUUAUGAGUCUCCAUCAAGCAUACUUCAUGAUGAUGGGAAUUAACCACCCUCAUUCCCCCAUAUGUAAGAAAACAGAAGAGAUUAUUUUAGUGGUAAAAGAGGAGAAAAUGCUUGAAUAAUUUGAAUAGCUAUAGCUGCGGCAUCUUGUCUUUUUCUCAAAAAUGCUAAAACUCCUUGAAGUGAUAGAAUUAUUCAUUACUUCUUAUACUUGUUUUGUAGGAAGUUAAGAGGGUGGAAGGGGGCUUUCAUUGUAAUUCAGAAUAAGAAAUAUUGACCCCACUUACAAAGAAAUCAUAACAGGCCCAUGAACAAGACUGACUGCAUUUAUUCUAAUAACACUUUAUGACAAUUUAGGAUGCAACGAAAGUGCUAAGGGAAACGUUUCCAUAUCAAAGAAAAGUUGAAAGAAAAGUUAAAAGAACUGAAACUAUUAAGAAAAAGUAAGACGCUGAUAUUCUCCCCAGUGCCAUGUUAAUUUAGUGCUAAACAUUUAUUCUAUUUUAUUUUAUUUUUUAAAAAGCCCUACUUCAACAAAGUUUUGCUACAAGAGUGGUUAAAUGGGAGCUGGAUGAUAAUACUGUCACAUCAGCUGGAUUCACUGAGAUGGAAAACUAUUUAAAAUGCUCAUCAAUGGUUCCUCAUAAAGCUGAAGGUAUUUUCAAGGGGGUAUCAUGACAGCUGCCUUCUGAUCUGCAUACACUUCAAUAUUUUUAUCAAUGACCUAGAUGAAGGUAUGGAGGAAACAAUGAUCGAAUCUGCAGAUAAUACCAAAUUAGGAGGGAUAGCUAACAUCUCAGGAUGUUGUUGUUGUUGUUUAGUUGUGUCCGACUCUUCAUGUCCCCAUGGACCAGAGCACGCCAGGCACUCCUGUCUUCCACUGCCUCCCGCAGUUUGGUCAAACUCAUGUUAGGAGCACAUCUCAGGACAGAGGAAUAAAAUACAAAGGGACCUUGAUAGGAUAGAAAAUGGGUCUGACUCUCACAAAAUGAAAAUCCAUAGAGGCUAAUGCAAAAAUCUACAUUUAAGGAAAAAUAAAUCCCACAGCCAGGAUGUCCAGUGGUCUGGACCUAUUGUAGUUGUAGAUGAGGAUGGAGGAGAAUUUCAUUUAGUUCACAUUUUAAGCGAGCCAACCUAACUUGCAUAUUCUGAACUACAACACACAUCAGAAUAUAAUUAUUCAUCAAAUUUUCCAUGUCUCAAAAAUUGCUACCACUGCUACCCAGCAAGAAUGAGGUGAGAGGUCUUUUGUGGUAAAUUAUUGUUUAGGUAUGCUACAUAUUUGAAAAAAAAAUGAAUAAAUACAAAUUUUAAUACAGAUUGGGGAAUGUCACAGAUUAAUGCAGAAACAGAGUGAGACAGACUUACAAAUAAGUCAAUGCAAAAUUGACAUGGACUAGGAAAAGACUGAUCCACCCAUCCCUAAAUGCAGUUUAACAGCACCUGAAAGUCCACAGGUUCUCUACACUUGUUACAGACAAAAUGAAAGAAGUUCAGCGUGGAAAUGCAACAAAGAUGGCCAGCAGCAUGGAAAGCAAUGCAGAGGAGACCAUGAUCCAAGCCAUGAAACUCAGAGAAUGACCAAGGGCAUGUCGCUUUCUCUGAACUUAACCCAGCCAUCUACAGAGCAUUGCCCUUCAGAGAUCAUAGAAUUCCUGCAAUGCAGGAAUCUCAGCCAAGGCAUCCAUGACAAAUGGCCAUCCAACCUCUUGGACUGCAUCUCCCAUCAUCUGCACCCCAUGGUGUGAGGCUGAUGGGAGUUGUGGACCAUCAAUGCUUGGAGGUUGAGAAAAGCUGGCCUAACCUAACUCACAGGAUUGGCAUGAUCAGAAAAUGGCCUUACCUCAUUCCUUGGGCUCAUUUGAGGAAGGGCAAGAUAUGAAUUAAAAGAACCCCCAGCUGUAUCUAACACAUUGUUGGGCUAUGGGUCUUUCUGGUGACAGGCAAUGAGUGCGUGAGAACUUUAUGGGAUGUCUCUGAGUAGGAGAAGUGGGAGGCAUUUUCAUUCAAACAGCAGGACGAGACAACCAGCCCCCACCCCACCCCGCCCUGUCGCCAGCCUGCCAAGUUUAUUCCCCUAGCUACUGUGCACUCUACAAAAUAAGACAUCUUCAUUCAGUUUCUGUUCAACCAUGUUUGAAAUGUAAAUUCUCACUCUGGCUUCCCCUCCCCCUUUAGAGAAUAUGGAUAUAAAUGGAAUGGAAGAGCUCAAACGAUGGUAUGCAGAAUUCUGUGUAUCUGAGGGAGGGGAAAACCUAAAUUUCAGCUAAUGCAUUGCUCGAAGCAGCAGCGGCUUGGAAUCUAGUUUGGCCCUUAUAUUCCAUCUAUUAAGCCAUUGCCACUGUUUUCUUCUCAUGACCCCUCCCUCUGCUCAAUUAAUGUGGUGGUAAGGGAGCCUACUUUUUGAAAUAUAGAAGUGGAGAAAAUUAUAAAAUGGAUUUUAGGAUUUUUAGAACAGAACGUCUAUAAUCCUAUGCACACUUACACAAGAGUAAGUGUCAAUGAACUUAAUGUUUUACUACUCAGCUAGACAUGUACUGUAAAGGACUGUGCUCUAUAGUACUGGUUUUAAAUCUUUUAAAACUCUUACCAUUAAGUAGGUCAGACCAUAAAGAGAAUAUAGUAUGCAAUGCUUUGUACCUAACACCACUGGCAGAUUUAAGACAUUGCUGUAAUUUUCGCCAGAAAGAAUAGUAUCAGAAGCUUCAUAACCUUUUCAGAAACUAGGGAGGUGAUUUCUCUUUCUUAUACCUGGGGCUAUAAACAAACAAAACAAAAAAACACUUCUGGACCGGGGAACAAAUUUUUUGAGAUGCAACACAGUGUGGCUGAUUCCUUUUGAAAAUAGGAAGCCGUGCUAUUUGUUUAUGUGUUUAAAAGCACCCACAAGGCACCUUACAAAGCAUGAAACAAACAUGUCCGUAUCCGAAGCAGUUUAUAGCUUAUGUUGGUGAAAGUGCAAGGUCCCACUCAAGUUAUCCAGAGGUUUUCAUCAGAUAUAAUAAUAAGCAAGAAAGCAUACAUUGUUUUUUACUCAUUAGGAAAACUCUAUAAUCUUGAUCAAUUCCUAAUAAAAUACUGGAAUGCUGAUUUAUUCACAUAGAAUCAUGAAGGGCCAUCUAUAGAAUGCACCUAUAGGCUGGGUGGCAAAUGGCUGUCCGUGCUUCAAAUCCUCCAGCAAAGGAUGACCCUGAGGCAGCCUGUUCUGCCAUCAAACUUAGGAUAUUUCCAUUGGGAAUUUUAUGGUAAAGAUAAUAUGAGAUAUUCACAAACCUCCAUUGUGGCUGCGGGUCACAGUAAUAUUAAAAUGGCAUUGCUCAAUCAAACCAGCAAGUCCAACAUUCAGCAGCCACCAGAAUGCAGCCACAUUAUGAACGUAAUUUACGCAGCAUAAUAAUACAAACAGAACACACGUAAUACAGCACAAUAAUGAAACAAUCAUAAUAGCAGUCCUCACCUACACACACAUUUAACAAGUAAUAGAUUAUUUAAAUGGCCACCGCUUGGACUCCUGCAAUGCACUCUAUGUGGGGCUACCUUUGAAGGUGACCCAGAAACUACAACUAAUCCAGAAUGCGGCAGCUAGAUUGGUGACUGGGAGCAGCCGCCGAGACCACAUAACACCAGUCUUGAAAGACCUACAAUGGCUCCCAGUACGUUUCUGAGCACAAUUCAAAGUGUUGGUGUUGACCUAUAAAGCCCUAAACGGCCUUGGCCCAGUAUACCUGAAGGAGCGUCUCCACCCCCAUCGUUCUGCCCAGACACUGAGAUCCAGCGCCGAGGGCCUUCUGGUGGUUCCCUUGCUGCAAGAAGCCAAGUUACAUGGAACCAGGCAGAGGGCCUUCUCAGUAGUGGCACCCGCUCUGUGGAACAUCCUCAUAUCAGAUGUCAAAGAAAUAAACAACUACCAGACUUUUAGAAGACUUCUGAAGGCAGCCCUGUUUAGGGAAGCUUUUAAUGUUUAAUAAACUAUUGCAUUUUAAUAUUCUGUUGGAAGCCGCCCAGAGUGACGGGGGGUGGGGUGUAAAUAAAUUAUUAUUAUUAUUAUUAUUAUUAUUAUUAUGGCCUGGUUAAAUAGGAAUGUUUUUGGCUGGUGCCUAAAGAGACGUAAUGAUGGCACCAGGCAAGCCUCUUUGGGAAGAGCAUUCCACAGAUGCAGAGCCACCACAGAAAAGGCUCAUUCUUGUAUUGCCACCUCCAGACUUGUCAUAGAGGAGGCACAUGAGGAAGACCUCAGAUGAUGAUCACAGGGUCUGGCUUGCUUCAUAUGGGAAGCAGCAGUCCUUGAGGUGAAAAAUAAAAAUUAAAAAAAGGUAAAGGGCCCCUGAAUGGUUAAGUCCAGUCAAAGGCGACUAUGGGGUUGUGGCGCUCAUCUUGCUUUCAGGCUGAGGGAGCCAGCAUUUGUCCACAGACAGCAUUCUGGGUCAUGUGGCCAGCAUGACGAAACCGCUUCUGGCGCAACAGAACACUUCCUACAUAUACGACUACAGCAAGAAUGUUACUUGCCCAAAAAUGGGAAGAAAAAGACAUCCCAGCAAAGGAAGAAUGGAUACAAAAACUUACGGAGUACACAGAAAUGGCAGAACUUACCGGAAGAAUAAGAAAUCAAGAUAACAAACUUUAUAAAAGAAUGGAAAUGGUUUAUUGAAUAUUUACAGAUAAAUUGUAAACAGAGAAGAACAUUGGCAGGAUUAUUGUAAUAACCAGCAGUUUCAUAAGAGUAUAUAUUUAAAGAAGAUGAAUAAAUGAGCAAAUUGGGUUAAUAUGCAGAAGAUAUUAAAAAUAAAUUGAAGGAACUGCAGAAAGAGGGGGAAGGAAGUCAAGUUUUGAAAUGUCAAAAUGAUAGUAAAAUUAAUGAAAUGUUUAAACCUGAAAAGUAUAAUUUUUUUUAUUUUUUUUAAAAAAGGGGGAUUAGGCAAAUUCAGGGAGGAUAAAGCUAUCAGUGGCCUGAUGCAGCAGGCAUCUUCUCAAGCUCUCAAAGAAGGAAUGAAAACUCUCAUUUGUUGUCCGCACCUAGUGCUCUGUGGUCCACUGCCACUGGAUGUGGAGUUUUAAUCCCACUUAGCUAUUGUAGUUAAUAUCUCUUGAUGGACCUCACCACUGUCUCCUCUCAGUCUAUUUUUGUUUAGGGUUUCAGCUGCCUGCAAAACUUGAUGUCAGGAAAGAAUGUUGUUUUCCCCUCAGGCCGUUUGGAUAUUGGACAUGUUUUUGUUUGUAGAAACCUUCCGAAUGACUGAAAGAUCCCCAUUAAACUGUUCAUAGUAGUGAAAGGCAGGGCACCGAAAUAAGAGACAUUCAUUACGUAAAGCGAACAGUGGGGAUAUUUCUGAACACGAAAGGGAGGACAUGACAGUGCCCUUUAAAGUGUGUUUCUCUCAACGGCGGCAAGCAAAUCUUCUCUGGGUUCAAUUACAUGCCUGUCAGGCCUGAAGUGGAACCAACCACCAUGCCAGGAAAAUGCAGCUGUGACAAUUCCCUGUCUGCAUUAAAACGAACAUCUCGUUGGCAAUUGACAAUCUCAAAAUGCACUGAGACUCCCUGAUCUUUUUCUUUUCUCGCCUGUCCUGUCAGCUGCAUUCUCCUCCCCUUUACAAUCUUGAUUGCUUUAUAAAUAAAGGAUCCUCUGCACACGCAAGCCUCUUCUAAUGUGUACAGGUGUUUAUGGUUGGUUUCUUUCAAAAUUGGGUUUCAGUUAUUGCUUAGCUUUCCACAAAUGCAAUCCCAAUGGAGUUUUCUUUAAAAAGUUUAGGGUGGGCGGGGAGGAAGAGGUUUGCUUCAGAAUGUAGUUCAGGCGUGACAUGUCUCUUUCACUGACUGUGAUAAUUUGGAUAGCCUGCUUCAGAGACUGUCCUCCUAAGAGCAGCUACAGGCAUAUUUGGUUUAUUCAAAUGAUGCUUUUUUUUAUCCAGGGAGAAUCAGAGAUUUUUCAUGGAACCAUAUUCCAAGGUAGCAGGGGGCACAGAGUUGAGAAGGAGAGAGAGAACAGGGAAGAGCUGACUGCAAAGUAGAACAAUAACAGUUUCUAUGACUGGGACAAGCCUUGUUAUGUUGAGUUUGUAUUUUGCACAAUUUGUAUAUGGUCCCUGUAUGAUAAUGUGUGGUUUACCAUGCCUAAUAAAGGAUCUUGAUUUAUUGAACAAGAGAUUCAGUCUGAGUUUGAUCCAGAAAAGAGGUAGGGAAUUAUUUUUGGAGGAGGAGAGCUAGAUCAGAAACUGGCCAACCCUCCGCAGGCCACAUUUGGCUGAAGCACACCCAACUGCCCAUGCCACUUCACCAUAUGAUGACAAGGGCAGGAAAGCUAAAACCAUGGCUGCAGUGGCACUAUCAGGAGUGUGCACACCACAUAGCCAGGCACUUUUUGUUUGCCAGGGAAGGGACAGAGAAACAAUCAACAUACGGCUCAACUGUCCUGUUUUAAGAGGGAUAUCCCAGAUUUCCAGAAGCUGACCCAGUUUCUAAUCCCAAUCCCAGCUGUUGGGGAAAAUAUAUAAUUUAUCUUAAAAACCAUUGUAACACUUGUAGUUUAAUGGUGAAUUUUGGACACAACAGAGAGGUAAAAUGUUUGGAUUACUAUAAAAGAUGUAGGAGGAAAUGAUUAACUCACUCUACGUGGGGCUCCCCUUGAGACUGACCCGAAAACUCCAGUGAGUGCAGAACACCGUGGCGAGACUCCUUACGGGGUCCUCGCUGUGGGAUCACAUUCAGCCGGUGCUAUACCAGCUGCAGUGGCUCCUGGUGGAGUAGAGGAUCAGGUUUAAGGUGCUGGUUUUAACAUUUAAAGUCCUGUAUGGCCUAGGACCCUCGUACCUACGGGACCACCUCUCUUGGUAUGUCCCACAGAGGAGCUUACAGUCUUCAAAUAAAAACAUCUUGAAGAUCCUGGGCCACAGGGAGGUUAGGCUGGCCUCAACCAGAGCGAGGACUUUUUCAGCCGUGGCCCCGAUCUGGUGGAACGCUCUGUCACAAGAGACUAGGGCCCUGCGGGACUUGACAUCUUUCCACAGGGCCUGCAAGACAGAGCUGUUCCAACAAGCCUUUGGCCAGGGCACAGUCUGACCUCUUCUGUAAUCCUCAUAGAACUCUAGCCCAAUGGUUGCCAUUAAUUUGAUUCUGAAUUGAUUUUAGAACGUAUCUCAAUUAAUUGACUGUGAUUUUAUGUAAACUGUGCUAUUUUUACUGUUGUUAGCCGCUCUGAGCCCGGCUUUGGUUGGGGAGGGCGGGAUAUAAAUAAAAUUUCAUUAUUAUUAUUAUUAUUAUUAUUAUUAUUUUAUUAAUAGGCAGGGCUGUCUUAAGCAUAUGCAAUGCCAGGGUGCAAAGAUCCACCUGGUGCCCCCCCCCAGGAGGGUGGAGCCGGCCUGCCACCUCAGCGACUCGCUGGCUCGGUCGCCCCCGAAUUCGCAACACAGUGCCACUCACAGCAGAAGAGCCCAUCAUGGCGCUCCGACCGACAGGUGGGCUCUUCCCCGGAUUCAACUCUCGGGCCCAUGACUCUUGGCCUGGUGCCCCUGAGAGCCCAGCGCCCGAGUGCCUCACACCCCUAGCGCCUAUGGGUAAGAUGGCCCUGACAAUAGGACCCACAAAGGGGAGGAGUGAAGUCCAGGAGAUUCUUUGGAAUCUAGUUUCUAUGUUGUAUGUUGGAUAUGUGACUUUGGAAUUUUAAUCUGAAAAACCAAAUAAAUAAAUUUAUGAGAAAUAUAUAUUUUAAAAAACCCAUCCUAGAUGUCCUGUUUUGUCUCCCAUGCUCUGGCUCACACCAGAGCGCGGGACAAAAAUAUGGAACCCCAAAAGCACACCUACAUACCUUGUCCACAUACAUCACCCACUCUUCCUUCUCCUUCUGCUGUGGCUUUCCAGUCACCGUGCUUCCGGAAGCUGGCACCACACUUCCAGAAGUGGUGCUGGCUUCUAGAAGUGUAAGUGGCAGAGGUGGUGGCAGUGAAACAAAGGCAGGCUUGAUCAUCUCACUGAAGACCCCCUCCAUGAAUGACUGACUCCCAUUUCACGCAUGUUCUGUAUGUAGCAGGUUUGUGUCAUGUGGCUAGGAUGACCGUUCAAAAGUCAGCUCCCAGAAUUAUUUCCUGAUGUCAGACAUCCAGCAAUCUGAAAAGCAAAAUGAAAAUCCAAAGAGUAAAUGAAUAAUACUUGCUUUCUUUCAACUCCAACAGGUACUGUGCCUCAGGGCUCCAGAUGUGAACACCCACUGAAAACCUCAUUUCCACACCUUCAGUUAAGGUUGCAAGGAGACGCCACCCCACAUAAACCAGCUAUUGACUCUUCUCCAGGAAGUGCUAUUUUCCCAGUGAAAACCCACUCAUUAGCUCUAAAUUGGAAUAAACAGCAUUCCACAGAAAAGCUGAAUGGUGUUUGCUCAUUUCAUCAAUUGGUUGGUGAUACAGUGGUACCUCGGGUUACAGACGCUUCAGGUUACAGACGCUUCAGGUUACAGACUCCACUAACCCAGAAAUAGUACCUCGGGUUAAGAACUUUGCUUCAGGAUGAGAACAGAAAUCGCACGGCGGCAGCGGGAGGCCCCAUUAGCUAAAGUGGUACCUCAGGUUAAGAACAGUUUCACGUUAAGAACGGACCUCCAGAACUAAUUAAGUUCUUAACCCGAGGUACCACUGUAUUUCUAUUCCUCUUUUUAUUCCGCUAAAUCUCAAAGCGGCGUACAAACAGUAAUGGCAGCUUAAUAGAGCACGAUAGGACAUUUCAAAUACAGCAUAAAUCUCAUAAAAUGGUUAACAAAUCAUCAAUAAGGUAAUUACAAUCUAUGAAACACUAUUAACGAAACAGCAACCAGAAAACAAGCUGAACAUCACGACCGCAGCAAAAGUCAUAUUAUAUGACUUAACUAAUCAACAUGGCAUUUAUAAUCUAUAAACAGCAUUAACAAAAUAGCAACUUAGGAAAAAUAAGCUAAGCACUAGAGAGUAGUGGAACAAGAGGAAGUGUGGAGAAGCCUUAUGUCAUGUUGGUGGUUAGACCUGGUCUAACACCCUAGAGAGUGCUUAUUUUCUGAAGAUAUGGGCUCCUUACGACACAAGGUAAUUAUUUUCAGGGUGACUAUUCUUUCUGUUCACCUCUUUUGACUUCUUACUUUUCAUUAAAAAGAAAACUCCUUUGCUUUAACUUCCAUUUUAACUACUUUGCAUAACACCCCAUUUCCCUAAUGAAAACCUUUAAAGUGUAUCUUGUUAAAUUGAAGCAGCAUUAAAGCAUUCUAUCAAACACACAUUCACAACUAAAGCAAACGUUGAUAUCAGCCCACAUAUAAAGCGGGAGCAUUAUCUCGGGGGUUAAAAGGAGCUGUUUAAAUGAGAAAGCUGUGUACGAGAGAUUCUGAUUUUUAAUGGUUGGGAUCUAAUAUGGAUUAUAAUCAAAGGCAUGGGUAGCUAUUUGAAUUGACUCAAUUCCAGUGCUUUAAAUGUAUUCAUGAGACUGUGGAAACACACAGCAACCUAAUCUAGCAUGGAAAUAGUGCUCAUGAGGAUAAAAAGAAAAUUGUUUUAUGCUCAGGUUCAUUUGCCUCCAAAAAUCACUUAAGUUGGAUCUCUUGCAUGCUUAAUUUUAUUAUUUCACUGAAUCAGACAAUGUCUUCUUAAUAGGGAGAAAAAUCUAAGCCGAGUGGAAGCUUUCCCCUUAUGUAGGGGACUAGGUGGUCUGUGAUUUUAUUCUGUUUUUGAAGAAUGUGCAACCGUUAAGUCAAAAGGCAUACAAGAUACUCCAAAAAAAUACCACCACGGUGACAAAAAAACACCUUUAUGGAAUCUUUAUCCACCCUAAACUCAGGACAGCAGUAAGUAAACUUGCCAACCUUGAAUUCUACCCAGUCUUCUGGAUUACACAAGCCACUUCCCUAAAGAGAGAAGGAAAACCUUCAUAAAUGCACUUGAAAAUAGGGUGUUUUAAUCACACACAGUUUCCACUUGUUUUCUAAGAUGGUGUACAGUUACCAGUUGUGACUAAAUACAUGCCAAUGAAGUUAAAUGGACAGUCAAAAUUAAAAUAUGAAAAGAUCUCAUUCAAAGAUAUUUUCCCCCAAAAGAGAGAGGGCUUGAUGUAACAAAUAUUCACAUGGUCAUUAGCAGCGCUUUGUUGCAUUAAGAGAGAAUGUGAGCUUGGCAAGGAAAGCCUUUCAUCCAUUUCAGUUUUCAUCUGUUUGAACUUGGCCUUCCUAUGAUUCAUAUCCUCUCCCCUGUAUUUUGCAUGGCUUUCAGACUUGUAAGAUAGGAAGCCCCAUUAGUAGAAUACUCCCAGGCUGGUCAUAGCAGGGUGUGCUACAGAAGACUCUACAUCAGGCAUGGCCAAACUUGGCCCUCCAGCUGUUUUGGGACUACAAUUCCCAUCAUCCCUGACCACUGGUCCUGUUAGCUAUGGAUGGUGGGAGUUGUAGUCCCAAAACAGCUGGAGGGCCAAGUUUGGCCAUGCCUGCUCUACGUGAAGAGCUGAACAGGAAAGAGGCACAAUGUUUUCCCAUUUAUUCCUUCCUUAUCUAAGGAAUAAAUCAGCCCUGCACAAUUUACGACUUGCACAAUGUAUGACCCAUCCACUGGAGGAGGAACGGGGGGGGGGGGUAAGGGAGAGCGUCAUCAGCUGGUGUUGGUCCACUGUGCUUCAUUAAAUCCAGGGUCAACACAGCCGUCUACCAGGAGAUUUUGGAGCACUUCAUGCUUCCUUCCGCAGACAAGCUUUAUGGGGAUGCUGACUUCAUUUUCCAGCAGGACUUUGGCACCUGCCCAUACUGCCAAAAGUACUAAAACCUGGUUCAAUGCCCAUGGGAUUACUGUGCUUGAUUGUCCAGCAAACUCGCCUGACCUGAACCCCAUAGAGAAUCCAUGGGGCAUUGCCAAGAGACAGAUGAGAGACAUGAGACCGAGCAAUGCAGAAGAGCUGAAGGCUGCUAUUGAAGCAUCCUGGUCUUCCAUAACACCUCAGCAGUGCCACAGGCUGAUAGCAUUCAUGCCACGCCGCAUUGAGUCAGUAAUUGAUGCAAAAGGGGGCCAAACCAAGUAUUGAGUACAUAAGCAUGCUUCUACUUCUCAGAGGUCCAAUAUUGGUCUAUUUGCAAUCUUUGUUUUGCUGAUUUCAUUUAAUAUUCUAAUUUUCUGAGAUUGUUAAUUUGGGGUUUUCAUCAGCUGUACACCAUGAUCAUCACAAUUAUAACAAAUAAAGGCUUGACAUAUCUCACUUGGCAUGUCAUGAGUCUAUCUUAUAUAUUAGUUUUACCUUUUAAGUUGAAUUACUGAAAUAAAUGAACUUUCCCACAAUAUUCUAAUUUUCCGAGUUUCACCUGUAUGAUAGGCUACCAGGACCUUGAAAAACCUUUUGUUUUGAUUUCUUUGGCUGAGAAGGGACCAGGCUGGUGCAAGUCAUUUUGGCACCUGAGGCAAGCUACAAAAUGGCAUCUCCUUCCCCACUUGGGAAGAAGGGGUGAGUGAAAACCUACAGAGAGCCAGUGUGGUGUAGUGGUUAAGAGCGAUAGACUCGUAAUCUGGGGAACUGGGUUUGCGUCUCCGCUCCUCCACAUGCAGCUGCUGGGUGACCUUGGGCUACUCACACUUCUCUGAAGUCUCUCAGCCCCACUCACCUCACAGAGUGUUUGUUGUGGGCGAGGAAGGGAAAGGAGAAUGUUAGCCUCUUUGGGACUCCUUCAGGUAAUGAUAAAGCGGGAUAUCAAAUCCAAACUCCUCCUCCUCCUCCUCUUGUUCUUCAUCAUCAAGAGUAGGGUGUGGGGGAGAGAUAAAAAUCUACAUUGGGAUUUGCUGCCCUUGUGGAUCGUGCCGCCUGAGGCAGUUGUCUCACCUUGCCUCAUGAGUGGACCGGCCCUGAAGAGAGAGGUAGUCAAACAGCUAAAGCACUGCAGGCCCCUGCUGUACAACAGGUUAAGGAAAGGAAGGGGUAUAGGUGAAGGUAGGAACUGGCGUCUGAAUGGUAGGCAACACCUUUUAAAAUUGUUGGCCGCAGCAGAAGUGUGCACUUCUUUAAGCAGCAAACUCUCUUGGUCUUACACUGAGGUGGUGUCAGGUCCUCUUGAGACUAGAAUGGGCAGCACUCAGCUAUUUCUGAGUGCGACUGUCUCAUCUACCUGGCAGUGAAAUAUUCUCUGAUUCUGGACUGGCCGACCCAAUGCUUUGGGUCGGCCAUUGGGUCCUCUUGGACAGAAAGGGCUAAAAAAGACUUUCAGUUUUAGUAGGCUGACAGACGAAUAUCCCACCCCUAAACCACCGAACACCCCGAGCUCACCUCUUCCAGUCAUGGGGCCGCCUCCUGACAGCAAGGAACCUCCCCCUUUGGGGAAGAUGGCUGAAAGUAAAUCUGAUGCCAGGAUGGCUCUGACUCCACCCCCAUUUCCAAGCGCAUGAUGCUGGCAACUACAGUGCAGACAAGCAUUUAUCAGCCAGCCUACUCAAAGCAAUGCUUGUUCAGUUGACCAGUCCUAGGACUUGGGGUGCUUGCUGUACAAACAGAUGUGCCCACUUCACAAGGAGGGUGCAGGAGGCUUGUUGGAUGAACAUCUUUGUCAUGCAUUCUCACGUCUUGUUGCACCUGCUGAACGUUGGAAGCUUUAGUUUGCCUUAUGUACCAAUAUGAUUUGAGCACUAAAGUCUUUCGUAGAACUGGAGCUGGGGGUUCAAGUUCUUUGUCUGGCAACAGGGCACAUCUUAGGCAAUUCGAUCAAAAAAUUGUGUUUUCUUGGCGUUUUCAUACAAAAAAGCUCAACAAUUUUGGGGUGUCCUGUUUUUUACUUUUUUAAAUAUGGCAACCCUAAACGUGCUCUCCUGGGAUUUCUAUACAGUGGUACCUCAGGUUAAGUACUUAAUUCAUUCUGGAGGUCUGUUCUUAAUCUGAAACUGUUCUUAACCUGAAGCACCACUUUAGCUAAUGGGGCCUCCUGCUGCCACCAUGCUGCCGGAGCACAAUUUCUAUUCUCAUCCUGAAGCAAAGUUCUUAACCCGAGGUACUAUUUCUGGGUUAGCGGAGUCUGUAACCUGAAGUGUCUGUAACCUGAAGCGUAUGUAACCUGAGGUACCACUGUAUUGGGAAUCAUCUGACAGAUUGGUCUGGAAAGGGAUCCACUCAAGUUAAAUCAGGAGGGCAGCACUCCAGCCAAUUAAAAUACAGGUGGACAAAAUGGUAGCAGCAAGUCAGCCGUAGCUUCUAAAUCAAUACCUUUACAACCCUGCUAUGUGAACAAGACCUGCAUUUGCAUUUUCGCUGGAAGCUAUUUGCUGCUGCUUCAUUUGCGAUUAACCUGUUUUUUGAACAAAGUGCAGCUGGCGACAAUGGUGACCACUUUUCCCGUUUGAAAGUGUUAACAUUGCGAGGUGCCAUUUGGAAGGGAAUGUGAUCAACUCAGCUAAUUGAACAUAUUAAUAAGAUUUGAUUUAGAAGAAAAAUAAAAGCCAGGGUUUGACGACUAACACUAUUAUGCUGUAAUAAAUGUCAGCGGAAAGCAGCCCAAUUAUUGCACACAGUAAAUCAAAGCCCAUAAGUGCAUGCAGAAUGUAUGUAUCUUCUAAGAAUUCACAAAAUGGAUUGCUAAUAAAUAAGGUAGUCCAGGCUGCCUGGGGGAAAUGGUGCAAGCUAGAGGACAGAUAUGUUCAGAAAGUGUUGUUCUGCAGUAGUAAUAAGGAAGUAAAGAAGGAAUUAAAAAAUCAGUUCUGUAUCUGGAUCAUCUUCCUUCAGCUUUUAUGCCACUGGUGUUAUUAACGUCCCUCAGCCUUCAGCUAUAGUCCAGAGCUCAGAGAUCAUAAAUGGCUGUUAUCUGAAUUGAAAUUCUAUGUACAUAUAUAUGUAAACUGCAACAAAAGAUGGCAGUGGGGUAUGCUACAGUUCAGAAUUCGACCCACUCAAUUCAGUCCUUCUCCAUUUCUCUUCCCCCUUUCCAACAGACAUUCAGCAUUCCAUGACUGCCGUGUUUCCACGCACACUCUGAAGAUUUGUUGGUGCUUCUGCAAACUGUGGCGUUCCCCAAGUCUUCCGAUACCUCUCUCUUGUGUGUGAGUGGUGCCAUUUUGGCCACAUGACACAUGACACGCACAGCCUGAACUGUGGAAAUAGAGGGAAUGAUACCACAAAAAGUGUUCCGUGCUGACAUAGUUCAGUUCAUUGUGGGCAAGACUCAGAAGCUAUGGUAAAGGUAUGGUAUUACCAAUACAACCCAGAAGCAAAUAUGAGCAACCCAUUCCUUUCCUCCCCACCAUCUCCUGGUCACCAUCAUAGUACCCUACCUUGAAAAACAUCUGCUCCCCUUGGGCUUGGGGGACAGCAUUUGCCUCAAGCAUGAAUGUGGCUGGUCCUAGGAGACUACCAUCUUCCUGCACUGCUGGGGUAAAGGAUGGCAACCGGGUGCCACUCACCUCCAGCCCUUCUGGACCUUCCAGCUGGGGUGGUCCACAAGGCCAGUUGAGGGCAGGUGCAGGGAAAAGGGAACUGUGCCCAUCCAACCCCUGGGUGGCUAGGUGCAGGCCGUCCUCUUUGCUGACCAUCUUGGGAUUUUCCACCCACCCAGUCUGUUGGGGGCCCUCCCAGUGGCUGAAUUAGCACAUGGACCUUCAUAUAGUUUACUCAGUCACCAUAUUUAGGAACAGGAGGUCUUUGCCUAUCUCAUAGCAACCACACACCCAGAUUGGGAGAGAUUACUGCCUGUAGAAUCAGCUUUGAUCCUUGCAAUUAAUUAUCACGAACCACUACUCUUCCUGGGGUACCUACAAGUCAGCCUGGGCUUGACAGCAACAGAUGAUCUUUCAUGCCCCUUUUUAUAUCAAAGAACUGUAGGUUCAAGUGUAAUAAAAGUGUAGCCAGUGCCAUUAAAUUCUACUCAAUAUUAAUCCAGAGCAGAACUCUGACAUAUAGUUAGCAGAAUAAAAACUUAAACACAUUGCAGGAUCUCCCCAAAAUAGACCAGAGGCAAUUAUAUUUCAUCCAGCAGAGCUUUGCUGCUACUGAAGGCAGAUGAGCAUAAUGGUCACAAAUCCAUCACAUUCAGGAUUGGCACUGUCCAUAAGAAAUCUAGUGGCAGCAGACAACUUAAACUUACAAUGACUUAUAAUAAGACUCAACCUUAACACUAAGCAUACUAUGUACAGAACACCACACCAGAAGGAAAAGAGAUAGAAAGAGAAAGUGAAACCCAGGCUCCUUCUGGCCUCUUUUCAUAGUCGGCAUGACCUUGAUUGAAAGAGAUAACAGAACCAGUUUAAGCCAACUGUACUCAGCUUCUCUGAAGGAAUAACCCAAACGUCAUGAACCUUAUGCUUGUUUCUUUCACACAGAGAUGCUUCCAGAACCCUCUUGAAUUAAUUAGAAUAGGAAAGUUCUCUACACAUCAGACCAAUACUUUCUGUACUAAGAAAAGCAAACUGACAGCCAGUUCACACCUAGAACAGUCCUUAUUUCUGAAAAGACAGGAAUUUUCAGACCAAAGGGAGCCUUUCCCAUCUAUUCUGUGAUCCAGUUUGUCAUGACAGCCAUUUAGUUUUACAGAAGUCAACCAGUGCCUUGAACAAGCGACAGAACUCCUUGAGAUAUAACAGAAAAGCUAUUGUAUGUUUGUUCUACAGAAUUUGAAGAACCUUCUUAGAUUCUGAAAUCCUCGCUGCUGUAACAGGAAAGCUACUGAAGUAUGGUCCAUUAAUCCUUCACGGUGGUCCACUAUCAUGGAAAGAGCAACUAACUUAAAAACAGUGGGACCAAGGCUUGGGGAUGGUGAAGUUCUAGAAGAGUCGUCAGUAGUUCACAGCAGCACAUUAUCAGGUAGGGUAAAAGGAAUUGAUGCAUUAUUUAAAAUGCUAUUUCUCUUCCAAUUCCUGCCAAAUAUUUGCAAAAAUCUUUCUCCAGAACCAUCUGCUGCAUUCUCAACAAUAUCCAUGUUCUCCAUUUUUUGCCAUUGUUUAGAAAAUUAUCUUGCUGCUUUGAGAAAGCAGGCUGAUGUUUCCUUUGUUUAAAGCAAAGCCAUAAAUGUCAAAGUAUGCUGCUUUCUUAGGUUGUGUUAUGAAUGGGAAUUUUGCAUUUCGGUACUGGUUUACCCACUUUGUACAGUCAUAGGGUUCAGCUACGUAAUUCUACUAUGGAGACUCUGCACAAGAGCUCCUGCUAAAGCAACAGGGCUUUCUCGCCUCUCCAUGCACCCCCAGAUUAGUUCUGGGGGGUCAGGAGAACCCACAAAACAGUAUGUGAGGGUUGGAGAGAGGAGAUUGCUCUAUUGUGAAAGCAGAGAUGGACGAUUUGUUUUAAUGUGACCGUUGAAAGUCUCUUGGAUUUUGGAUCGAUGGCACACCUAAUCAGAUUUUGCUGGAAGCUUGUUUUACAGACUUCAAUGAAGGUUUCAUUCAAGUAGUGUUUCAGUGGCCUUAAUUAAUCUAGACCGGUGGAGGAAGCCCACACGGAGUGCGCAUGUGUGGCAUCCCGCACGUGCACAGUCCGUACAAGAUGCCGCACAUGUGCACUCUGUAUGGGAUGCCAUUCAUGUGUGGCAGUUGUAUAGGCUGCUGCUUGCAUGGUGACCGUACGGCAUCCCAUACGGAGUGCGCAAGUGUCGCAGCCUGCACGGUCACCAUGCGAGAGGCAGCCCGUAUGGACACCAUGCGAGAGCGGGACCGUCAGCCCCUCUACAGCUGGGGGGAGGCAGGGGCCAUCUUGUCACCCCUCAAGUGGUACCUGGGGUGGCCCACCCCCUCCGCCCCCCACUUUGUACACCCCUGAUCUAAACCACAGGUCAAGAACUUGUGUCCCUCCAAGGACAUAACGCCCAUCAGACCCAUGGCCAGUGUUUGAUUUAAAAUAUGGCAAGAUUAAAAGCUUCUAUUUGUUACUUUAUUAUGAAUUAGGGAGCAUAACCAAUACCAGUGACCUCUUCACAACAUCCAGAAUCCCUGCCUCUGUGCUAGACUAUCUUGGAGCGUUCAUAAUUCCAAAAAGACACACACCAGCAGUCAGUUUUCUCUCCUGUAAAGGUAAAGGGACUCCUGACCAUUAGGUCCAGUCAUGGCUGACUCUGGGGUUGCGGCACUCAUCUUGCUUUAUUGGCCGAGGGAGCUGGCAUACAGCUUCUGGGUCAUGUGGCCAGCAUGACUAAGCCGCUUCUGGCGAACCAGAGCAGCUCACGGAAACGCCGUUUACCUUCCCGCCAGAGCGGUACCUAUUUAUCUACUUGCACUUUGAGGUGCUUUUGAACUGCUAGGUUGGCAGGAGCAGGGACCAAGCAACGGGAGCUCACCCCGUCGCAGGGAUUUGAACCGCCGACCUUCUGAUCAGCAAGUCCUAGGCUCUGUGGUUUAACCCACAGCGCCACCUGCGUCCCUUUUCUUUCCUGUACCGAUACUGUACCGAUGUUGAUUUUGGUAAGGUGCCUUGAGCACUUUUCAGAGGAAAGAUGAGGUAAGACUAUUUUAAAUAAAUCAUCUUUCCCCAUGACUGACCAGGAGGAAUAACUUUUUUCAGCUAUGCGCAUCCAUAGAGUCCAUAGAGACCUAAGACAACAGAAGUGUAGCAAAAACGAGGGGGAUCACCCAAGGUGUUGAAAAUUUAGUGAAAUCCAGCCCUAGCCAGUAGGACCAAUGGUCAGGGGGUGAUGACAUACAUCUGGAGGGUAAUAGUUUUUCCCAUCCCUGAUGUACACCCUCCAUGUAAUUUCUUACAGCACAAUCUUAUGAGGCUUACUCCCACAUAAGUGGAUAUAGGACUGCAGUCUGCAUAAAUUAAGGUAAUGAGAAAACAUUUAUAUAUGAUUAUGAAGGUUCUAACUCUGGCAACAUUUCAAAGGAUAAUAAUGACAAAACUGAUCUGGCAAAGACUAGAAACCAAUAACUGUCAGUGAAACCCAGGGGCAAGAACUGCAGAUUCAUUCAAGAACUGCAUAUCACACAUCCUGUUAUUUAAAAAUAAGACAGCACAUCUUUUAAACAAUAGUAACCUAAUUCCUCAAGAUAUAACAUUCCAAAGCUCAGUGUUCAAGGUUAUAAGGUGGAUAGGCAAACAUUUAAUCCUGCAAUUUUGAAAAUCAAACACUGGCUCUCAUUCAAGAGUUGUUAUCAAAAUUCACAAUCUUGGUCAUCAAGGAAAAAAUAGUGAAGAGACACAGAAAUGGUAAUUUGCAACAACACUUGGACAACUGGAAAGGUUGACAAGUGACACAAAGAUCUUGUGGCUUCUGUGAAAAUGAAACCCCCUUGUAUACCUUGUUCCUCUGCAACCAUCUCAUCUGAAAUACAAUCCUUGUUUCUUCCCCACUCGGUUCAUGCAUUUUGCAGGCAGGGGAGAUGUCAAAGUAACAUUUUUGGAUGAUAACAUUGUUGUGGAAGAAGCAAAAGUAUAAAGUAGUUGAGUUUCUUGUUCAUUCCGCAUCCUUGUCACAUCCAAAAUCUUCGGAGGUGGGUUUGGAAUCAUUCCCAUGGAAGCAUAAAUGUGAAAGAUACAUAAUCAAAAUUGGUUACCCAUUUGGAUUGCGUUUUUCAACCCAUGUAACUGGAGCUGACAACAAUCUAGUAUCCUGGUAGUAUUACUGCUCGUGUCCUGGACCUGGUCCCUCAACACUUAGAUCCUUUCUUAGAGCCACUAGGAUUAUCCACUUAUGCAAAGGAGUUAUUGUAGAAAUCUGUUCCAUGGGGACAAACAGAGCAUCCCCCACCACAUUCUGACAGUCUGAUCUGGAUUAUCUUGUGAAGCCUGAAAGACCACAGCCCAAGGCGAUAAGGCUAUUUGUGUCAGUUUUUGUUUGGGGAGCAAGGGAUUCCGAAAGCUAGUCUAUUAUAAAAGCUCUGUUCCAAAGAGAGCAAGUUGUGUCAAUAUGAGGUUAGAUAUGAAACACAAAGCUUUGCAGCUAAGGGAAUUAUUAGAUGCUGCUGCUGAAAGAUGGAUCCUAAAAAUAAGUGCUUCCCUUUUGAACACAUAUGAACUUUCUGGUGUGAUUUUCACCCCCAAAGUAGCUAACCAGUAAAAAUCUAGUGUACCCUCAAUUUAACUUGAAUAUGCUUCUUAACUUAAAAGCCAUUGUUAACAUAUUGCUAAUUUCAUAGCAAUUGUAUUUAUGUGUUACUAUAAUAGUGAAUUGGCAGCUGUAAGUAUAGAAAUGAUCUGCUUUCUGCUCUGUCCUUUAUCUGUUUAUUCAGAAUAUUUCAUUGAAUUCAGCAAAGUCUACAGCUAUGUAAAAGUGCACAAGUUUGCACCCACAGAAUGUCAUGGGAGCCAUUGA